UUUGGAUUUUUUAUGCUAAAAUCUCUACGUUUUUAGCAUUCUCUCAUACAGCAGCAUCAGCAUCAGCAUCAGCAUCAUACAGCAGAACGACUCCUCUCCCCGGAAGGUGAAUCGGAGCAGGCAAGAGAAGUAGAAGAAGAAAUGGACGCAGGUGUAGUUGCCGCCCCCUCCCCCGCCGCCCCCGCCGAUGCAAACAAAGAGAAUAAGGCUCACACCGAUGUCAUGCUUUUCAAUCGCUGGAGCUACGAUGAAGUCUCGAUCAAUGACAUGUCCGUUGAGGAUUACAUCACAGCAACUGCUAACAAGCAUCCAGUUUACAUGCCACACACAGCUGGUAGAUACCAGGCCAAGCGUUUCAGGAAGGCCCAGUGCCCAAUUGUUGAGAGGCUCACCAAUUCUCUUAUGAUGCACGGAAGGAACAACGGAAAGAAGCUGAUGGCUGUUCGCAUUAUUAAGCAUGCAAUGGAGAUCAUUCAUUUGUUGACAGACCAAAACCCAAUCCAAGUCAUUGUUGAUGCUGUUAUCAACAGUGGGCCAAGGGAAGACGCUACGCGUAUUGGUUCAGCUGGUGUUGUCAGACGUCAAGCCGUUGAUAUUUCUCCACUUCGCCGUGUUAACCAGGCAAUUUAUUUGCUGACAACUGGUGCACGUGAGAGUGCUUUCAGGAACAUCAAGACCAUAGCAGAGUGCCUUGCUGAUGAACUCAUCAAUGCUGCCAAGGGUUCUUCAAAUAGCUAUGCCAUUAAGAAGAAGGAUGAGAUUGAAAGGGUUGCCAAGGCCAAUCGUUAAGAGAUUGAUAUUGGAGCAACUUUUACAAGAGACUUUUUGGUUAUGUUGUUCUCAUUUCUGUUUUCAUGUAGGCAUUAUAGAUCUGCUACUCCUUAUGGAUUUAGUUUCUUGGAGGAUUUAUGCUUGGUAUUGUUAUAAAUUCUAAAUUUUGAAGUUCCUUUAUUUGGGUUUUCAGUAGAGUUUUGUUAAACACAUGGUAUGCUAUGAGUUUUUUUAGAUGUUUAAGUAUCGUGUCCUCUACUCUUGAACCGAGUGUUCAGACGAUGAAAGACGAUGAAAGUGUUGAUCGAUGAAAGAAGAAUUCAUUCUUCUGCUGUAAAGACUAAUUUAUUUUAUAAUUUGAAAUAAUUACAUAUUGUCUCACUAA